AUGGAACAGGAAAAGCAACAGAACAAUCGAUUGAACAAGUCGUUAAUUGAAAUUGACGAACACGGUCCCUUUGGUUCAAGAGAGACGAACGAGGCCGAGGACGAUCCACCAAUGACCGGAGCAUUCGUACAAACGGAUGGAACUCCGAUGAAAACUAGAUCGCGAAUGGACGGCCAAGCAACCACGACCGCGACCACCGCCACCAGUGGGUUUCGAUCCGGUUUUAGCAUAUUUGAUCGGUAUACUGACUUCGGUGGGAUCGCUUCGUCUCGAAGUACUCGCCGGACAGAGCAGAAUGGAGAAGAUGACGAUGAUGAUGAUGGAUCGGAGAUCGAAUUGGAUUUCUCCUCGACCAAAGAACCCGGUUCUACUGUACUAGUUCAUUCAACCAAAAAUUUGCUACAACAACUGUAUCAGCCAAUGGAUCAUAUAGAACCACGUCCGUUCCCAGACAGACAACUGUUUGUCUACGUGGUUGCAGACCCCACAGAUAUGCGUUUGGAGUUGGCCACAUUACGUCUGAGCGUAUGGCCGGAACUGCAAAGAUCAUGCGAUUCCCGGGGAUUCAGUCUGCAAGUGGUAGAUCGAUCAGUUGAGACCGAUUUCAAUCCGCCAAUCGAUCCGGAAUUGGAAAUCAGGCAACAAACAAACGAAUUAGAAAAUUAUUUGGCACAUCGAUCGUACGCGAACGAAUUUCUGGACUGUUUGGUGAGUGACUGGAGUCGAUUUUUAAACACCUUUUUCGAGGGGGCACUAUAA